UCAAAAGUUGUUUGGAUGGCAGCGAGUCGAUUUGGCCGCGGAAACAGUUAAAUUUUCAAGUUUAAGUAAAUUCAAGCUUAAUUUUGAAUGUUUUAAACAGUGACAAAAUGUACGAGAUCGAGCGAGUUCUGAUGGACAACGAUCAACCCGUUGACGAGGAAUAUUUGGACGAGAAUGAGCAUUCUUCUGAAGAGCCGAAACAGCAAUCACCGCCCAAGAAGAAGACUCCCAUUAUCCGCAGACCCGGCGAGGUGGUUACGCCGAUUCCAAAUAAUCGCACUGGAACGGUGAGAGUUUCAUCCUCGAUCUACGCCCCCAGCUCAACCACUCCCCGAGUGACUCCGAGCGGCCGUGUCAAAAACACGUGGCAACGGGUGGCCCCGUACGGAAUCGACGUACAGGUGAAACCGGCCAUUCGCUCCGCCCCGGCCAAGCAGACCCCGCCAGCGAAGCGAGUUAAGCAGGUCACUGAAAACGACGACAACGAAGACGACAACAUUCCUGCUGACGAUGGCGACGAUCAGAAUGGGUUCAAUGCCGUUUACAGCCGAAUUAAAUCGGAACCGUCUCUACCGUUGUCGACAAGUAUGGUAACGCUCGAGACGUUGGACGCCAAGUUGGACGCGUUGGAUGAAAAACUAAGCAGGAUCGUGGCCAAACUGGGCGCGCACGACGGUGCGUUGAAGACGGUCAAGAACAACAUCAUAGACCUGCGCAGCGAGAUGACAACGAUUCGCAGCGGCACCACAAGCUACAAAACGGAAAUCCCCCACCACGCAGAACAGACUAAAGCGCGGCCACUGAAGCGUCAACCCCAAAUCACGCUCCCCAUCGCCGACGACAACUAUCUGUUCCGGCUGGAGGAGCUGGUCCAGGCGGACAACACAAUCCGCGAAGAGCUGUUCGAGCGCUUCCUGGAAGCGAACGGCAAGAGCGUGUUCGCGUACAUGCGCAAAAACGUGGGCUACCUGUUCAACAACACCUCCAAGUACACGUGGACCGGUAGGCCGUCCAACAGCCACAAGGACGCGGGACCAUCGGGCGUCGCGAGCCAGCUGACCGUGGUCGACGUGCUGAUCGACAGCGGGUGCGAAAAGUUUGCCGGUUGCAGCCGGGACGAAAUGGAGUGCGAGUUUCGACGCUCGCUGCAGCGCUUCAACGAUGCCAAGUUUUUUAAGCGCAGGAAGCGCGUGCUGGAGCAGUUGGCGGCAGCUGCGGCGAGAGAUGCGCAGGAGGACGAAGAGGAGGAGGAAGAGGAGGGGGAUGAUGGUGGGGAACAGUGAAA